CUAGGACACCCAGCUUCUGAUAUUAUCCCCACUCUGUCAAGAAGCUACCUGCGCAGACUCGGCCACCCCAUAACCUUCAAGCAGAUAUGUCUAGGAAUCAGCUUGAACAGGAGAAGAAACCACUAGAUUCUUUUGUCUGGGUAAAUGAAAUCACUGGCGAAGUCACGCUCCCUCCAGGGGAGGAGACCACACUUGCAGCCUCUGGAGAGAAGCAUCGGGUGAUGUCGGGGUCUCCGCCUGGGGGCACGCCCCCCGCGCCCGUGGCUGCACACAGACCAGCCUCCCCAGCGACCCCCGAGGCUGACCACCCCUGGGCAGGAAACUUCUUUCUACCCAGCUCUGCCCCGUCCCGUCCCCGCAUGUUGUACCCGCCAGGGGGCGCUCUGCCUAUGCAGCAGCGGCAGCAGCACCACCUGGGAGCAUACCCUUCACUGACCGUGAUGCUUCCAGCCAGCCCUUCUCCGCCCUGGGCUCUGCCCGGUAAGCUGAGGAACGCCCUGACUGGAAACAACCGGUUUUCUUUUUGA